AUUUUAUCUCGUAAACGGGCGCAAACGUUUGGCAUUGGGUUAAUUUUCUUCUCACGAACAGAUGUCGCAGUAAAGAAGAGAAAAAAGCCGAUAGCGACGUCACGUUUGUGACGUGGCUUUUUUCUUGGAGUUCACCAUUUCACCUCCGCCAUAUUUUGUCGCCCGUGCUGCCGGUGGUAGCGCCAGAGCUUGGAACGACCUAACGCACCGGCUAGAAGAGACAAAAAAAUGGGGAACAUAUUCGCGAACUUGUUCAAAGGCCUUUUCGGCAAAAAAGAGAUGAGGAUCCUCAUGGUCGGUCUGGACGCAGCCGGAAAGACGACCAUCCUGUACAAACUGAAGCUGGGCGAAAUCGUCACCACCAUUCCCACCAUCGGUUUCAACGUGGAGACAGUAGAAUACAAAAACAUCAGUUUCACAGUGUGGGACGUCGGUGGCCAAGACAAGAUUCGUCCACUUUGGCGCCACUACUUCCAGAACACACAGGGCUUGAUAUUUGUGGUCGACAGCAAUGACAGGGAGCGAAUUGGUGAAGCGAGGGAGGAGCUCAUGAGGAUGCUCGCAGAGGAUGAGCUGAGGGAUGCAGUUUUGCUCAUCUUUGCCAACAAGCAGGACUUGCCAAAUGCCAUGAAUGCGGCCGAGAUAACGGAUAAGUUGGGCCUGCACUCUCUUCGCAACCGCAACUGGUACAUCCAGGCCACUUGUGCCACCAGUGGAGACGGCCUCUACGAGGGCCUCGACUGGCUUUCCAACCAGCUCAAGAACCAAAAGUAGACACCACCGAAGCCGCGACUACUACAUCACAGUAGUGUGCCGUGCGCGUUGUCAGCUGGGUGGGAGAGAGCACUUUUUUUUUUUUUUUCCGAGAGGGGCGAGAGAGAGAAAAAAAGGACUGGAUUGCCUCAUCCUUCUGUGACAGCCCUCUCUCUACAGUCCAUCCCCUGCCUUGGAGCUGGGAGGGAAGGGGAGAAAAGAAUUUUCUUCUUUUUAUCCAGUUCUGCUGCUAACUUUUUUUCUCUUGCUCUCGUCGGCCUUUCUGUCUGCCACCAGUAUUCUUUUCUUCGUUGCUGCUUGGCUGCUGCUGUUCUCAGAAACCAUUAGUCUCUCUUUUUAUUUUCCGUCAUCGAUGCACUAAGCCGAAAAUCGUCUGCUGGUCCAGUCAAGUUUGCCUGCUGCUGCAUAGGCUUUCCUAUUUGUCCCGGUUUUCUAACAAGUGUGAUACGUGGGAACUUUCCGCGUCCCUGUGUUUCUUUUUUUGUUGCCCCCGCUUUUUGCUGUGAAGAGCAAUAGAUGGUCCUUUCUUUCAUGCAUUAACUGGUAUCCAAGGUGGCAUACAGAAAGGCUUGGCAUACAAGGAUGCGUGUGCGCUGCGCAGCAAGGACUGAUCAAUCAUCACAUGUGCUGCUUGUAUUCCGUGCUGAAUUUUUGAAUUAAAGGCAUGGUUUCACGAGCACCCCCCUUUUUUAUUCUGUUGCGCGCAGGAGCCGGUUAUGUAGAAGAGAGUAACGCAUGAUUGUACAUAAUUCUGUGCGGAAGAUUGGGCCCAAUGUGUGCAGAGGAUUUUGGCAGCAGGCCAGGCUUGUGUAUGUUAUUUUAUUGUGCAUUUUUUUGUCACUUUAGGCUGUUCAUAAUUUUUUUUUACUUCUCUACCUGUUAGGACUGACUGUUUUUCUUCAGUGUACUUGAGAUGCUUGUAAUUUUCAUUACAAAAUAAAAAUAAGGACCUUCACCC